UGUUAAUCUCUAGUUUGACGAAGCAUAUUGUGGUCUCGAGAAAGCAUAUUGUGGUCUCGAGAAAUUCUUCCUGUACAAAUGUAUCCUCUUGUAAUUCUGUUUUUUGUUGGCUUUGUCCGAGGACAGGUAUCUACUGCUGGCCCCUGUGGGGACAAAAUCGCCAACUGCGCAGCGUAUGGCCAGGCCUCCUGUACCAUGUACCCUGAUUGGGCCAAGGAGAACUGCAACAGCUACUGCAAGUUCUGUAAAGCUGAUCUGCCCUGUGAAGACGUGGAUGCCAACUGCGGCAGCUACGACAUUGCCACCUGCAACAACCCCCAGUUCAGCCACUGGGCCGAGACUCAGUGUCGCUACUACUGUCGACGUUGUUCAGCUGCGGCUCUAGCUGCCAAGGAUGCCUUGCAAACAACACUCCCUCCAUCAUUGUGCAAGGACAAGAUAGACUGUCAGGAUUACAAGCAGGAUUCAUGUACCCUAUAUCCUGGAUGGGCAAAGGAAAACUGCAUGGCGUUCUGUGGAAUCUGCAAAGGCGCCCCAACACCUCCACCAGUGUGUGCUGACGCAAAUCCCGGAUGUGCAGGCUACGACAAGGCGACCACCUGCAAGGACCCCAACUUCACCCUGUGGAUUCGGGCCAACUGCGCAAAAUACUGCGGUCUUUGCAGCGAUGGAAGCGCGACUUCAGGGCCAGGGCCUAUCGGGCCAGCCACCCCGGGCCCUCUGACCCCCGCAGGUCCCGUGGGGUAUUCCCCAGCACCCCUGGGGAAGUAGUGCAACAUCAAUCGGCAUCUCCUUUCUUCUGUGGGUCACCGCUGCCAAGCCGUUUGAUGCGCAUGGUGGUCACACCAGAUACUGACAUUUUACUCUGACCAAGUGGCUUUAAUAGCCCUCUGUGGUUUUACCAAACACU